AUGAAAUCAAUUAUACAAUUUAAUAACGAUAGUGAAUUCAGUUUAAUUAAACAACCACCAUUAUAUUUCGAUUAUCAAUCAAUCAGAUUAAUACCAUAUUCAAGUAGUAUUGAAUAUGUGAAAUUAUUAUUCUCAAGAGUUGAAUCAUUUUAUAUUAGAACUGAUGAAUAUGAUUCUGGAAGCUAUGACACGAAAAGAGAAUAUAAAAUAAUUCCUAAUGAAGUACCUGGUUAUACUAGUGAUAAUUAUUAUGAAGAACACAUGUAUCUAAUUUUAAAACUUCAAAACUCAACAUCAACGAUAGAUUUGGUAUUAAAAGAUUUCAAUCAAUAUUCAAGACAAGUAUUAGAAUAUCAUUCAAAUUCAUUAGAAAAAGUUGAAAUUGAUUUUUCAAAUACGAAAUGUACAUAUCCAAAUAUGAAAUAUAUAUGUCCAAACCAAUUAGAAUCUUUAAAAUCAUUAAUCAAUAAGCAAUCAAAUAAUAAAAUAAAUUGGUCCUUGUCAAUUAAAAAUCAAAAACGACCAAAAUAUACAAAAUAUACAAUAUCUUGGUUUUAG